AUGAUAAUUAUUAUACCAGAAAAUGGUGUUAACGCUGCAGUAGCCGAAUUUGAUUUAUGGUAUCAAAAAUUCCAAUGCCCAAAUCAUUCAUUACCACAUAAUGCAAUCGAUGCAUUAAAUUUGUGUAAUGAUACUCUAUUUGAAACUAUAUUUAUACUUUUAAAAAUAUUCUCAACAUUGCCUGUUUCGACCAGUACAACAGAAAGAUCAUUUUCCAUUUUGAGAAGAAUAAAAACAUACUUGAGAAAUACAAUGAGUCAGAAUCGACUGAAUGGUUUAGCUAUGCUUCAUAUUCACAGAGAAAUAGAUGUUCAAACUUCAGAAGUACUCUCAGUAUUGGGGAAAAAAGGACCAAGGCGUCUCAACUUUAUAAUUUAA